AUGGCUUCUAUCAAUGCGCCUCCAAUGGAUUUCACCAACGCCUCAUACACAAAUCUUCCAUCAACAGCCUCAAUUCGUCUGCUGUCAUUCAUCAAAAGACCACGCCAGCUUUCACCUCCUUCAAUUCUAGGUGAACCUCUGCUGGAAAUCACCCUAGAAACAGUCGACAUAAACGAGGCCCCAGACUUUGAUCUCAUCUCUUCAACAUGGGGCAAUCCGGACAGUGCUGAUCCAGGCGAUAUUGAUGAAUACGGGCCUAUGCAUCUUUAUCCCGUCACCAUUAACGGAAAGCUGAUGUUUCUCCCGAAAAACACUUAUGAAGCUCUCAAGAUGGCUCAAAAGGUCAAUGAUCCCGUGGAGCGACGGAAUGAACUCUUCUUGGAGACAGAGUUGAUGACAGCGGUGGAAAACAACCUUGGACCCAAGGUUCAACAGUUGUUGGAACAAGGUGCACAUAUCCAUGCGCAGGAUUGUUUUGGCAAGACGGCGAUUCAUCACGCAGCACAACUUGGUCAUUUCGACAUCAUCAACUUGCUUCUCGACUACGGCGCUAGUAUGAAAGUAAUUGACUCAUAUGGUAAAACGCCAAUGGACUACAUCACAUACACAAAGCCAAAGGACUGGGAAAACGUCGAGGAUAUUGCGUACAAGAUGCAAAAGACGCCAGCGGAGAGAGAGCUCGUUCCUCUUCCUGAAAUUAUCAGAGUCGGGAGACCGAUGUGGAUUGAUGCAAUUUGCAUCGAUCAGAGCAAUUCGGAGGAGCAGUUAAAUCAUGCUUCUUCGAUUGCGCAGAUUUACUGCCGUGCUAACUCUGUCAUCGCAUGGGUUGGAGUUCAGAACGAGGAAACGAAACGUGCACCAGAUGCCAUUCUAUCAAUUCUUCGAGCUGAUGGCAAAGACCCAGAUGAAAUCAUGUCCGAUGAAAGUGCUUCCACCACAAAUCCUGGAUGUUCAUACAUCCCUUCUAGUGAGGAAAAGUCGUCUAUCGUCAGGUUUUUAAGGCGAUCUUGGUUUGAACGGGAAGAUCUGAUGCACGAAGUCGCUUUCGGGAGAGCAAUCACUGUUUACUGCGGCAUGGACGCGCUUCCAUUCUCAUCUAUAAUGCAGUUUCUCAGACGAGAAGCAUACAGUGGGACUUAUCUGCCUUCUGACCUCCAAGUUUGGUCUUUGCUUGGAAGUUCAGGUUCGAAGAAACGAAGUUCACUGGGCUCGAGAUCAACGAGGAAAAAGGUUCGACGAGAUUCGAUUGCUGGAUGA